CUCAAUUCCACCUCACCUCAAACCAAAAGAUACGCUCACCGGACUCUCACCCGAUGUUUGCUCGCCGUUAGUCCACAGCACCCACCACAAUUCAUUCCAUGGAGCAGACCUUCGAUCUCCCCGACUCGACUGACUGGCUCGACACGCCACUGUCCCUGGUCGCGCCGCUCGAAUCCUCCCUCCGGUGUCAGGUCUGUAAGGACUUCUUCGAUAACCCCGUGAUCACAUCAUGCAGCCACACGUUCUGCUCGCUCUGUAUCCGACGCUGCCUCAGUACGGAGGGAAAAUGUCCGGCGUGUCGCAGUCCAGAUCAAGAAUUGAAGUUGCGGCGCAACUGGGCGGUGCAGGAGCUGGUCGAGGCGUUUCAGAACGCCAGGGCGAGUGUGCUUGAUUUGGCGCGCAAGGCAGCGGCGGCAGCUAAGGAAAGCGAGAGCGAGGAGGGGGUAACUGAGCCGGUGACGAAGAAAAGGAAGGUUCAGGCGGAGGGUGCGGAUAACGGUGGUGCUGCGCCGGAGGGGGUGAGGACUAGAUCGCGCGCCCGGGGUGCCAAUCCCCACGUGGAUCGGGUUGCGGUCGAGGUGAUUGACGAUACUACGGACGAGGAAUACGUGCCUGAGGACGGACUGGUCGCGUGUCCGAUUUGUAGUAGGAGGAUGAAAAACGAGGCCGUGUUCCGCCAUUUGGACAGCUGCAAUGGGGCUGGAGCUCCAGCGCCCCCCAAGCCGGUGUCAUUUGGUUCAUUGCAGCCCAUGUCGCCGGCAUCGCGGAAGACAGUCGACCUCACGAAUAAACCCCUCGAAAGACUCCCAAUUAUAAAUUAUUCUCUAUUAAAAGAUAACGUGCUCCGCAAAAAGCUUAAGGACCUGGGUAUACCGAAUACAGGCCCGCGUCCGAUCCUUCAAAGACGUCACACCGAGUGGAUGAACCUCUGGAACGCGAAUUGUGAUUCAAGAAAUCCGAAAUUGAAGAGGGAACUGCUGCGGGAGUUGGACAUUUGGGAACGGACGCAGGGUGGCCAUGCACAACAGUCUGGGGAUACUGUCGACGGUGUCAUGCGCAAGGAUUUCGAUGCGGCAGCCUGGUCAACGAGUCAUGACGACGACUUCAAGCGAUUGAUUGCGAAUGCGCGGAAGAAGAAAGACGCGGCAAUGCGCCCAAAGACACCGGAAGCACCUGCACCCGCAAGCCAGCCUGACAGUCUGCCUAUUCUUGAAGCGACGGAAGCCACAGUCCCGACACAUUCCCAGCCUCCGGAGCCAUUGCCUGUAGAAUCCAGUGCCGUAAGUAUCGCCGAGCAUGAAGUACCGGUAUUGCAGGAAACUUGCGAUAGCAAAAUGGCCAAUGCGCACGGUUAA